AUGCGAGAAUGGAGGGCGGCGGUGACGGAGGCGAGGCGCGAGGCGGCGGCGGCGGCGGCGGCGGCGGCGGGUCUCGGUGAGCGGCGGCGGGAGGAGGAGCAGCGGCGGCGGGAGGAGGAGCAGCGGCGGCGCUCGCUCGCUGUUGACGGGAGCGCUUUUGAGCCUGGGAGCCCAUGCCACUGCGACCGGCGGAAGCGGUCUUCUCGGCCGACGUCCAGCGGCGCGCAAGGAAGCAGGCGCAGCGGAGGCGGCCUAGCACCGGCUCGGCGCCGGGCGGUUGCGCUGCCCGCGAGCCGCGUCCUGAGCCUCGGCAGCACGCUGCGCGGCGCGGCGCUCGCGCUGCUGCGGUGCCGAGAGCGGCAUGAUG